AUAUAUAUAUGCGCAGCAUCUUUGUUUCCCGCCCCAAGAACAUUUCCCGCUUGGGAGCAAAACCCUAAGGAGCGCAGUUAUGGGGACGAAGCACCAUUCCUCCGAUCCAAUCACCGAACCCAAAAAGCGCCGCCGGGUCGGGUUCGCUAAGACUGAUGCUGGAAUUGAAGCUAAUGACUGCAUUACUAUUUACAUAGUUUCUAGUGAAGAGGAUGUGGACUCCCCAAACAGUUUCUGUCUUGAACCAGUUGACUUGAAUCACUUUUUUGAAGACGAUGGCAGAAUUUUUGGGUAUCAGGGUCUGAAGAUCACUAUUUGGGUUAGCUUGAUAUCCUUUCAAGCUUAUGCUGAUAUUUCUUUCGAAAGCUCAUCAGAUGGAGGCAGAGGGAUCACAAACCUAAAGUCUGCCCUUCAGAAUAUUUUUGCUGAGAGUCUUGUUGAUGAAAAAGAUGCCUUCCUGCAAACAUUUUCAACUGAACGCCAUUAUGUCCGGUCUGUUGUCUCAAAUGCUGAAGCACUGCGGCACAAAGUUUCAAAUGGCUCUAGCCCUGAAUCUAAUUGUGUUUUGAAAUCAGAGCCUUCAGAUGUAGAGGUAUUCCGGAUUGUUGGCACGCCUGUAGGACACCUUUAUAGCAGAUUGGUGCCACUUGUACUACUAUUAGUAGAUGGUAGCAACCCUAUUGACAUCCUAGAUCCUAGAUGGGAAAUCUAUCUUCUAGUCCAGGAAAGGAAAGAUGCCCAGGAGGAUAGCCUUUCAAGGUUGCUUGGUUUUGCAGCUGUCUAUCGUUUCCAUCGUUAUCCUGAAAGUACACGCUUGCGGCUUGGGCAGAUACUAGUUAUGCCUCCUUACCAACGUAGAGGUUAUGGUCAUUUUCUUCUUGAGGUGCUGAACAGGGUUGCAAUAUCUGAAAAUGUGUAUGACCUGACUAUUGAAGAGCCCGAGGAUUCUCUUCAACAUGUUCGGUCGUGCAUUGACGUCGAGUGUUUGCUUGUAUUUGACCCAAUCCAGCAAUCCCUAGAAUCAGUUGUGUCGCGUUUAAAGCAGGAAAAUCCUUCGAAAAAAAGCUACAUGUGCAAGUAUGCUCCACCAUUGAGGGCUGUUGAAGAUGUGAGGAAAACUUUGAAAAUCAACAAGAAGCAGUUUGAGCAAUGUUGGGAGAUUCUUAUCUAUCUUCGCUUGGACCCAAUUAACAAAUAUAUGGAGACAUACAGGGCAAUUGUUUCGCACCGAGUAAAGGCUGAAGUUUUAGGGAAAGAUUCAGAGGGUGACGGGAAGCAGGUGAUUGAUGUACCAACUGAAUAUGAUCAGCAGAUGUCAUUUGUGAUGUUCAAAUCGCAAAAUGGUGAAUCUAGUAGCAUAGAGAAGGCUGAUUAUCAAAGUAAUGUGGAGGAGCAGCUGCAGAAACUGGUGGAUGAACGAAUGAACCAGAUCAAGUUGAUUGCAGAGAAGGUUUCUGUUCAUCGGCAACGAAGAUAAAGACAGCUGGUAUUUCACAUCCUAACAAAUGCAUAUUCCAUAGACGAUGAUACAGAAGUUUUGGAAUUUUAAAGGAGUGGCUGUACAUGAAAUGAGCUGUACUUGGGUUCAAUUAGUUUAGUCUUCAAUUAUGUUUGAGACUUGUUUGCUUAACCGUGUGAACGAUUUGAUGUGAGGCAACGUUUCGCAUUAUCCCUCAA